AUGGGGCUCAGGGAGGGGACCUAUUUCCGCUCUGUUUCCGCAUUCACGAGUGUGAAGGAUGCGGGAGUGAAGGGUGUGGGAGUGAAGGGUGUGGGAGUGAAGGGUGUGGGAGUGAAGGGUGUGGGAGUGAAGGGUGUGGGAGUGAAGGGUGUGGGAGUGAAGGGUGUGGGAGUGAAGGGCGUGGGAGUGAAGGGUGUGGGAGUGAAGGGUGUGGGAGUGAAGGGUGUGGGAGUGAAGGGUGUGGGAGUGAAGGGUGCAGGAGUGAAGGGUGUGGGAGUGAAGGGUGUGGGAGUGAAGGGUGUGGAAGUGAAGGGUGCGGGAGUGAAGGGUGUGGGAGUGAAGGGUGUGGGAGUGAAGGGUGUGGGAGUGAAGGGUGUGGAAGUGAAGGGUGUGGAAGUGAAGGGUGCGGGAGUGAAGGGUGCGGGAGUGAAGGGUGUGGGAGUGAAGGGUGUGGGAGUGAAGGGUGUGGGAGUGAAGGGUGUGGGAGUGAAGGGUGUGGGAGUGAAGGGUGUGGAAGUGAAGGGUGUGGGAGUGAAGGGUGUGGGAGUGAAGGGUGUGGGAGUGAAGGGUGUGGGAGUGAAGGGUGUGGGAGUGAAGGGUGUGGAAGUGAAGGGUGCGGGAGUGAAGGGUGUGGGAGUGAAGGGUGCGGGAGUGAAGGGUGUGGGAGUGAAGGGUGCAGGAGUGAAGGGUGUGGGAGUGAAGGGUGUGGAAGUGAAGGGUGCGGGAGUGAAGGGUGUGGGAGUGAAGGGUGUGGGAGUGAAGGGUGUGGGAGUGAAGGGUGUGGGAGUGAAGGGUGUGGGAGUGAAGGGUGUGGGAGUGAAGGUUGCGGGAGUGCAGGGUGCGGGAGUGAAGGGUGUGGGAGUGAAGGGUGUGGGAGUGAAAGGUGUGGGAGUGAAGGGUGCGGGAGUGAAGGGUGUGGGAGUGAAGGGUGUGGGAGUGAAGGGUGUGGGAGUGAAGGGUGUGGAAGUGAAGGGUGUGGAAGUGAAGGGUGCGGGAGUGAAGGGUGUGAAGGGUGUGGGAGUGAAGGGUGUGGGAGUGAAGGGUGUGGGAGUGAAGGGUGCGGGAGUGAAGGGUGUGGGAGUGAAGGGUGUGGGAGUGAAGGGUGUGGAAGUGAAGGGUGUGGGAGUGAAGGGUGUGGGAGUGAAGGGUGUGGGAGUGAAGGGUGUGGGAGUGAAGGGUGUGGGAGUGAAGGGUGUGGAAGUGAAGGGUGCGGGAGUGAAGGGUGUGGGAGUGAAGGGUGCGGGAGUGAAGGGUGUGGGAGUGAAGGGUGCAGGAGUGAAGGGUGUGGGAGUGAAGGGUGUGGAAGUGAAGGGUGCGGGAGUGAAGGGUGUGGGAGUGAAGGGUGUGGGAGUGAAGGGUGUGGGAGUGAAGGGUGUGGGAGUGAAGGGUGUGGGAGUGAAGGUUGCGGGAGUGAAGGGUGUGGGAGUGCAGGGUGUGGGAGUGAAGGGUGUGGGAGUGAAGGGUGUGGGAGUGAAGGGUGUGGGAGUGAAGGGUGCGGGAGUGAAGGGUGUGGGAGUGAAGGGUGUGGGAGUGAAGGGUGUGGGAGUGAAGGUUGCGGGAGUGAAGGGUGUGGGAGUGCAGGGUGCGGGAGUGAAGGGUGUUGGAGUGAAGGUGAAGGGUGUGGGAGUGAAGGGUGUGGGAGUGAAGGGUGUCGGAGUGAAGGGUGCGGGAGUGAAGGGUGUGGGAGUGAAGGGUGUGGGAGUGAAGGGUGUGGGAGUGAAGGGUGCGGGAGUGAAGGGUGUGGGAGUGAAGGGUGCGGGAGUGAAGGGUGUGGGAGUGAAGGGUGUGGGAGUGAAGGGUGUGGGAGUGAAGGGUGUGGGAGUGAAGGGUGUGGAAGUGAAGGGUGCGGGAGUGAAGGGUGUGGGAGUGAAGGGUGUGGGAGUGAAGGGUGCGGGAGUGAAGGGUGCGGGAGUGAAGGGUGUGGGAGUGAAGGGUGUGGGAGUGAAGGGUGUGGGAGUGAAGGGUGCGGGAGUGAAGGGUGCGGGAGUGAAGGGUGUGGGAGUGAAGGGUGCGGGAGUGAAGGGUGUGGGAGUGAAGGGUGCGGGAGUGAAGGGUGUGGGAGUGAAGGGUGUGGGAGUGAAGGGUGUGGGAGUGAAGGGUGUGGGAGUGAAGGGUGUGGAAGUGAAGGGUGCGGGAGUGAAGGGUGUGGGAGUGAAGGGUGUGGGAGUGAAGGGUGCGGGAGUGAAGGGUGCGGGAGUGAAGGGUGUGGGAGUGAAGGGUGUGGGAGUGAAGGGUGUGGGAGUGAAGGGUGCGGGAGUGAAGGGUGCGGGAGUGAAGGGUGUGGGAGUGAAGGGUGCGGGAGUGAAGGGUGCGGGAGUGAAGGGUGUGGGAGUGAAGGGUGUGGGAGUGAAGGGUGUGGGAGGGUAA